AUGAGCGAUCUGUUCAACCUCGACGCCCAGCGGGCCCGUCUGUCCCGCCGGCACGCCUCCGAGUCCGGGCCCGGUCCGACGCCGACGCUGCCGCCCCUUUCGGCCAUCAAGGCAGCCGAGGCCUCGCUCCCCCGGCCGGACUCGGAGACGUACCUCCAGGGAGUGCCGCAGGAGCAGGUGCUCCGGCACAUCACAGAGGACAUUGUCCCGGCUUGCAACGGCCCGGCAAGCUCGUCUCGGUACUAUGGCUUCGUCACGGGCGGGACGCUUCCCAUUGCUGAGUGGGCUGACAAUGUCGUCUCCCGCGUGGAUCAAAAUGUCCAGGUGCAUCUACCUACGCAGACAGUGGCUACGACUGUUGAGGAUGCGGCGCUUGAGAUGCUGGCUGCCCUCCUGGGGUUGGCUGGGUUCCGCGGACGGACUUUUACUACUGGUGCUACAGCAAGCAACGUACUGGGACUUGCCUGCGGUAGAGAGGCUGUUGUUGGGAAGAAGCUUGGUGAAGGGGAGACCGUGGGAGAGCUGGGACUGCUCGCUGCGUGUAUGGCGGCUGGUAUAAAGGAACUGCAGAUCCUCACGAGCGCGGGCCAUAGUUCCCUGUCCAAGGCUGCCAGCGUUGUUGGCUUUGGGAGGGCAUCGGUCAAGGAGCUCAGGCUGAGCGGAGAUGAGCCGUGGAGACUCGAUAUUGACGCUUUGGAGAGGGAGCUUCAGAGGGAGGGCGUGGCAAGCGUCAUUGCCUUGAGUGCGGGAGAGGUCAACACGGGUCGUUUUGCGUUGACGGGUGUUGAAGAGAUGAAGAAGGUCAGGGAGCUGGCUGAUAAGUAUGGGGCUUGGAUUCAUGUUGACGGCGCAUUUGGCAUCUUUGCUCGAGCACUCCCCAACGAGGACGAUUACAAGACUCUUCACAAGCGUGUUGAGGGUCUCGAACUGGCAGACAGCAUUACAGUCGAUGGACACAAGCUCCUCAAUGUUCCUUAUGACUGCGGCAUGUUCCUCACUCGAACACCGGACAUCCUCCAGUCCGUCUUUACAAACCCCAACGCCGCAUACCUCUCCUCUGGAGGACAGUCGACCAUCCCGUCUCCGCUAAACAUCGGCCUCGAGAACUCGCGCCGCUUCCGCGCGCUCCCUGCGUAUGCCGUCCUCCUCAGCGAGGGCCGUCCCGGCAUGGCGAGUCUCCUAGCCAACAUGGUGGCCCUCUCCCGUCGAAUUGCCGCCUUCCUUCGGGACUCGGAGCAUUACGAGCUGCUACCAGAUGACGGGGCCGGUCUGGACGAGGUAUUCAUGAUCGUGCUGUUCCGCGCCAAGGAUCCAAAGCUCAACAGCGAGCUGGUCGAGAAGAUCAACGGGACGAGGCAGAUGUACGUGAGCGGGACGAGCUGGAGGGGCGAGAAGGCGGUCAGAGUGGCCGUGUCGAAUUGGAUGGUGGAUGUUGAGAGGGAUUUCAAGGUGGUGACUUCUAUCCUGAUGCAUGUGGCCGAGGGCAAGGAGUUUGAUAUUGAGAAUUGCUGA